UAGAUUCGCGUACGUACAAGGUGAUGCUUAUCUCUGACCCCUUGGAGAUAAUGCGUAUCGUCCAACUUCCCGAACCGCCGCGGCCUCCUCGCGAUAAGGACGGCAAGACAUACCUACAGAUAGCUCAGCCGCUGUUCUGAAUUGCCCUUCUGCGAUAAGGAUGGGAGCACACGCCGUCGAAUGACAAUAACACGAUAAGAGCAUCGUAUCCCUUGGUGGCUUGUUCUGUGAACUGAGGGAUGUGCUCUAAUAAGCCACUGGCCGUCACCUAGCCCGGACGAUUCUCGCGCGCCGUGUGAGCGGGAAGAAGACGAAGGAAACGAAGGAGGACGGAGAGCAGAGACAGCUCGGCUCCGCCAUGAGCUCCGUCAAGGAGAAGAAGCCCUCGCCGGGCCCGGCCGCGGCCGUGGACUUCGAGCAAGGGCAGACCCAACUCGGCACCGUCCACGACGUGCACGACCUCACCCUGCUCGGCUACAAGCCCGAGCUGCAGCGCAACCGCUCCAUGUUCACCCUGCUGUUCCAGUCUCUGGCGAUCGCCGCCAUACCGUACGGCUUCGGUGGCCCGCUGAUCAGCGCCAUUUACGGAGGAGGCCAGCUGCCCAUGUUCCUGGGCUGGAUCGUGGUGCUCGUGCUGGCGGAGUGCAUCGCGCUGUCGCUGUCGGAGCUCGCGUCGCGGUACCCGACGUCGGCGGGGCCGUACUACUGGUCGUUCCAGCUGGCCGGGCCGCGCUUCCGCGCGCUGCUCUCCUUCGUCACCGGCUGGACCUGGCUCGUCGGCAACUGGACCAUCACGCUGUCCGUCAACUUCGGCUUCGCCUCCAUGGCCGCCGCCGCCGCCGCCCUCUACGCCCCCGACUUCGCCGCCGACCUCGCCCCCUGGCAGCUCCUCCUCGUCUUCUACGCCAUCUGCCUCCUCACCUUCUUCCUCGCCGCCUUCGGCAACCGCAUCCUCCCCCUCGUCGACACCGCCUGCGCCGCCUUCACCGCUAUCAGCAUCGUCGUCGUCUGCGUCUGUCUCUCCGUCAAGGCCGCCGCCGGCAGGCACGACCCCGGCUACACCCUGGGACACUAUGACACCUCGCUGUCUGGGUGGAACGGCUUUUCGUUCUGGAUCGGCAUCCUGCCUUCAGCAUAUACGUUCUCCGCGAUCGGGAUGAUCUCCUCGAUGGCGGAGGAGUGCGGCGACCCGACGGUGAAGCUGCCCAACGCAAUCUCGCUCUGCGUGCCGGUCGGCGGCAUCGCGGGGCUGUUCUUCAUCAUCCCGCUGUGCGCGACGCUGCCGGCGCUGCCGGAGAUCCUUGAGGCGCCGGUGGGGCAGGCGCUGCCGUACGUGUUCGGGCGCGUGAUGGGCACGCCGGCGGGCGGGCUGGCGCUGACGGUGCUGGUGCUGGUCAUCACGCUGUUCUGCUCCAUCUCGAUCACGGUGGCGGCGUCGCGGUGCACGUGGGCGUUCGCGCGGGACGGCGCGAUCCCGCUGGCGCGGCUGUGGUCGCGCGUCGACGCGCGCCACGGGACCCCCGUGUGGGCGCUGGCCCUGGUCACGCUCGUCGAGAUGGUGCUGGGCCUAGUCAACCUCGGCUCGUCGUCCGCCUUCCUCGCCUUCGUCUCCGUCGGCGUCAUUUCCCUCGCCGUCUCCUACGGCAUCCCCGUCGCCAUCUCCCUCCUCCACGCCCGCCGCGAGGUCAACGUCGCCCCCUGGUCCCUCGGCCCGCGCCUCGGCCCCGCCAUCAACCUCGUCGCCCUCGCCUGGAUCGCCUUCGAGGUCGUCCUCUUCUCCAUGCCCACCGCCCUCCCCGUCUCCGAGGUCAGCAUGAACUACGCCAUCGUCGUCUUCUUCGGCUUCAUGGCCCUCAGCGCCUUGUGGUAUGCCGUCUACGCCCGUAAGGUGUACAAAGGCCCGCCGGAAUCCGACGGGCUCACUGUCGACCCUCCUCCUUCGUCUUCUCCCUAAGCAGACGGAGAGGGGCCAGCUUCGCUCCAGUAGCUGCGACAACUCUUCUUUUCUUCUCCUCCCUUCAUCUUUUUUCUUUGGCGGCGAUUUGCGGACAAUUUUCAGUAUCUCGGUGCGAGGUGGACAGUCUUUGCUUUUCGGGUGCUGGGUAUAUUCUAGAAUAAAAAUGCUAGCUAGCUGUUGAGAAUAGAUAGUUCGGCUCCCGUCCGUGAUCACU